AUGUUUUAUACAGAUUCUAUCUAAGAUGAUAAAAUUAAAUCAUACCUAUAUGAAAUAGAGUAAGAAUAAGAAAGGAAAGAUAGAAUAAAAAAACUAGCUUAAUCAUUAAUGAAUAAGACAAAAUUAAAAUUGAAGUAUUGAAUUAUUGCAAUAUUUAAGGUUAACAAAUAAGGAAUCAAAGAGAGAAGAAUAAUUUAAUAAGAAAUUAGAAGAAAUGAAAUAACUGAACACAUUUGUAGAUGCAAGACCUUCUAUUAAUAGAUUAAAUUUACUUAAUGAUAGAAAAUUAUUAUUAAAACUCUAAGUAAUAGAGAAGAUAUAAUAAUACUAAGAUAGUAAUAAAAAUAGUGAAAAUAAAACAUAAAAUCUAAAUAAAGAAUUUUAGACUCUAAAUUCUCAACCACUUAUUUUGGACGAAGAAUUCAAAUUAUAAUUUUUAGCUACUUAGAAUUAUGAACCAAUCCAAAGAAAAUAACUUUAAAUUCCAAAGAGAUUAUAACCAGAAUCACCUAAAGAUGUUGUGGCACCAAUAAAAGGAGAAGAAUUACUCAAUUUUGAUGCUUCUCCUAAAAAUGAUACAAAUCUAUUUUAUCGUUCUGUAUUUAGAACUAGUCCUUCUCCUCAAAGAAAAUAGUAAAUUUAACAAUUUGAGGAGGAAACAUAAAAAGCCAAAUAAUUUCUUUAAUCAUAAGGAUUAAUAUAGAAACAGGGAUCAAAGAAUCAAAGAAGAACUCCAUUAAGAAAAAUACCUAUUUAAUAAUAUUAUUAGAAUUUUUAGAAAUAAUGUAAGUCAUUAGUAAAAGAUGUGGCUAUGGAAUCAAGAAGGAGAAGGAUUUUAAGUUAAAUGAAUGAAAGUGAAGGAUGUUCUUCAAAGAAAGAGAUUAUAAAAGAUGUUAUUAUUAAUAAAGGUUAGAAUACAAUUAAUAUGAAUACUAUGAAAUUAAAUAAAUCAUAGACAAAUUCUUUUUCAUCUCCUAGAUAAAAAGUAAAUAAUUUAAAUCAAAAUAAUAAAUUGGGAUCAUCAACUUAAAGAAUUUAUAGGAAUUCUAAAAGUAUAUUUGAUUCUGAAUAGAACAGUCCUAUCAAAAUAAGAUUAUAAACUUAAUUUGAAUCAUUUACAUAAGCUGUUAACAAAACAUAAGAGGCAUUUAAUAAAAUAAAUAAGGGGAAUGAGAAGAUUAUACGAAGAAUGUCUACUGCUGUUAGUAGUAUUCAUAAAAAGUAUAGUGAUGGGAUUGUUUAAGUUUAAUGA